AUGGGAGAAAUUAUUUAAUUGAAUUUCGGAGACAUUGGAAAUAAUAUUGGACAUUAAUAUUUACAGAAAUUAGUAGAUGAUCAUUAUUUAGAUGAGAAAAACAAUUCGAUUAGGGAUUAAUAUAAACAAAAAAUUCAUGUAUCAUUUGAGGAAUUAAAGAAUUAAUAAUACUAGUUUAGAGGAAUAUUUGAUAAUUCAAGCGAUUGUAAAAUCAUAGAUUAUAUUUUAGAAUCCAUUAAUAAACUAUUAACAUCUCCUGAAUGUGAAUACAUCAAUAAUGACUUAUUACUGUCUUAUAGAAAUAGGAAUAAAUCAGGUACCUAUUCAAAUAGCUAAAUCAACUUUAAAGAUUAAGUAGCAGAUGAACUAUUUGAAAAAUUGAGUCAUCAGAUUGAAAAAUGUGAUAGGGUUUUUGGAUGUCAUUUUGUUCAUUCUACUUUUGAUAAUUCAUCAGGUUCAUCUGGAUAGGCAAUUAAUUAUUAUAGGGAUAGAUAUUCAGAUAAAUUUAGUAGUUCUUUUUCAUUAAUUCCAAAUAUUGUAAGUACUAACACCAUUGAAAUUUAUAAUACUACUUUUUCAUUUUAUCAAUUAGUUGAAAAUUGUGAUGUUGUUAUGCUAUUUGAUUAUGGAGCAUUGGAGAAAUAAUUAUUAAAAAUAAGAUAAUAAUGCAGUUUUGAAAAUUACAAUAAUGUUAUAGCUGAAUGUUUAUUAUAAAUAAAUUGUUCAUAACGUUUUCCUGGUCAUCAAAAUGGAGAUUUAAGAAAACUUUCCACUAAUCUUAUUCCUUUUCCUCGUAUUCAUUUCUUAACAUGCGCAUUUACUCCUAUUGAUAUCAAUUCAGAUUGGAAAUAGUAAAUUAACAAUUUAAGUAUACCUGAUAACACUUAUUUAACUUUUCAUGAUGUAACUAGAAAUUUAUAUUUUACUCAAGCAUUAAUUACAAGAUGCAAUUCAUAUCAUUUAGAUUUUCAAUAAUCUCUAUCAACAUUAUAAAAUAAAUUAGGUUGGAUUCCUGAUGGUGAAUUACAUAUGAAUUGUAAAAUUGAAAAUAGAAGUCUAGGAAAAACAGUUAUGCAUGUUGGAAAUCAUAGAGAUUUAGGACAUAGCUUUAAAUUACAUGGUGAGUUAUUUACUGCAAGUUUUAGAAGAAAAGCUUUUUUACAUUAUUAUCUAUAAGAUGGCAUGGAUGAAAUGGAAUUCACUGAGGCUGAGUCUAAUCUAAAUGAUUUUGUCUCUGAGUAUUAAGAUUAUUGUUGCCAAGCAUCAUACUAUGAUGAAGAAGAGUAUAAUGAAUAAGUAUCUGAAGAAUACAUGUGA